AUGGGCAACAAUCAAUCAGUUACUAUCUUACAUCCAAUACCAUCUCCGGAUAGCCAGUCAAGUGGCUCACUGCUCCAAACUUCACACAAUAUAAGGCAUCUUAAAAGCAUCAAUACCGUGCAGCAACUACUUCAAAUCUCAAGCAAGCCCAAUCUCACCUGCAGGAUCUCUACUACGGCAGCUUCUUCUAGGUUUCAAGCUUGCAAUAACAGAUAUUAGUAUACUUGCUAAGGAGAAUGAGGUAUUACGUGCGAGUCAUGAAAAGCAGCUACAAAAGAGAAGACGCUUAAGGAAGCCGGUGGUAUAUAAAGAAGAAAGAACGACUGUCGAAGAUGCUUAGAGAGCUAUAAAACUAGAUGAGGGGGUUCAAAAUAAGCAAGAUUUUGUGGUUGAAGCUCAGCCUCAACCUACGGAGAAGCCCUCGUGCGCGCCUCCACGCUGCAGCAGCUUCUUCAAUAAUUGUCAACGACGUACACGGUGCGCUAAACCACCUAGUAAAUAA